GCUAUUCAGCAGAAGAAGAUUACGUGUCAGCUUGCCGGUGUAGCACUCGGGGAUUCAUGGGUCUCCCCUGUGGACGCCGUUCUCUCAUGGGGUCCUUACCUACACUCAGUGUCACUAGUUGAUUCUAUUGGGCUGAAAAAGGUCAAUAGCAAAGCACAAGAAGUUGCCAAUGCCGUCAAGGCUGGGAAAAUGGGAGACGCAACAAAACUGUGGUCAGAAGCUGAAGAAGUGGUCGAAAACGUAACCAAUGGGGUGAAUUUCUACAACAUCCUUAACCACGACAAAGACGACGCCAGAAGCAACCACAUAGGCCAUCAGAGGGAGCACACAUUUACGUCACCUCAAAUUGCACAUGAACAUAAAAUGAGAAAACAUAAGGAAAAGACACAAAAAGACAGCCACAGAGAGAGCAAAAGACGCGAAGAUCAUUACAGUCGUAUCCAUGCAAGAAGCACGAAUGGAGACAGAGGCAGUCACAAAGGAGAUGACAAGCAAAAAAAAUCAGAAAAGAAAGUACAGAGAAGACCUAAUAUUAUUAGAGAUCAUGUUCAUGGAAGAGAGGGCAAGCACAGUGCUAGGAGGCAUUAUAUAACAAAUGUUAUAUAUAGGGUGGAGGAGAGAGAACAUAGGAAUCCCCACAGGAAACCACAUAUUUCUUUACCACAUAAUUUAGAGCUGCUAUACAAGCGCCAUGUUGAAUCAGUAUCUAGUGUAUUGGACAAGUUGAUGAAUGGGCCAAUACGAGAUAAGUUGAAGGUGAUUCCUAAAAAUGUGACAUGGGGUGGGCAGUCGGCACAAGUUUUUGAAGCCUUGUCGGACGACUUCAUGACAUCGGCUGUUCAGAAUGUGGAGGUGCUGCUUAAUACAACAUCCAUGGCUGUGGUUGUGUACAAUGGCCAGCUUGAUCUCAUAGUUGAUACACCUGGAGUAGAGAAGUGGGUUGAGGGCAUGAAAUGGGCCGGAACCAGCCACUGGAUUAGCGCUGCCAGGAAACCAAUUGAGUCCUCUGCAGGAGUAACAGAAGCCUUCUCCAAGAAUUUCAAGAAUUUCACUUUCUACUGGAUCCUCAAAGCUGGGCAUAUGGUUCCAGCGGAUGCAGGCGAUAUUGCAAUGAAGGUGAUGAAGGAAAUUGUUGGUGUCAAGGACCAUUAGAUUAUUUUCACCUGGAAAAGAUUAUUUCUUGAUUCUUGAAUACUCUUGGUUUAGGCAGAGGCAGAGAAAGGAAUCUAGUCCUAAAACGCGGGAAUAAUCCAUAUCAGAACGCAGAGAAUGGAUCGAAGAGAGGGUAAUGAUACAUUGGAGAGAGCGUGUGCAACUGUGUAGUAUUUUAAAUAUGUCCAUCUGUUUGCAUAAUUUUGCGGAAGAUUGUGUAGGUAUAUGAUUAUACAUAUACAUAUAUACAUAUACAUGUAUACAUGCACAUAUACAUAUAUACAUAUGCACACAUGUAAAUAUACAUGUCUGCAAGCACAUAAACACAUAUACACAUACAUAUA